AUGUUUUCCUUCGAGGAACUUUCUUCAGUGAGCAAAGCCCCUCCAUCUUUCCGAAUCUUCAAGCCCUGGUGGGACACUUUCAUGGAUUAUCUGGCCAUAAUCAUGUUGAUGAUUGCUGUGUUUGGAGGCACCACACAGAUAUACAAGGACAAAACGGUUUGUCUGCCAAUCCAGGAUAUUUCCUCAGACAACAGCAGUCAGUCAUAUCCCGAAGACAACUCAACCAUGGAAGAGCAAGCUUUUGCUGCCUAUAAUGUUACAGGCAUUCGCGAUUUCGCUCGGCUCUCACAUAGAGAUGCUGUCUAUGCAGUCACCGAGGGCAAGACCAACCUGGACAUUCAGCAGUACCGUUAUGUCAACCGGGCAUGCUACUUUCACGCAGUACCCUGGUUUCCCAAAUACUUCUCCUACUUCAUUUUGGUGCACACAGUGGCCCUGAUGAUUUGCAGCAACUUCUGGUUUCGGUUUCCAAAGACCAGCUCCAAGAUGGAGCAUCUAAUCUUCAUCCUGGAGAAGUGUUUCGAGUCCCCAUGGACCUCGGACGUGCUGUCCCUGGCUGUGACCGAACACAGCAGCAAUGUCAAUGUCAAGACACAGGAGAAGCGCAGGAGCAUGACGGCGAGCUUCAAGCCAGUGUCGCCGGGCAUCAGGGACUCGAGCCGUGGCACAAGCCGCAACAUCCCAGUCAUCCAGAGGCAGAACGAGCUGCUGGACAAGAAGGACUGGGAAAGGGCCAAGGCUCUGUUCGAGAAGGUGAAGAAAUUCCGGCUGCACGUGGAACAAGAGGACACCAUCUACAAGCUGUACGUGGGCCAGCUGCUGUUGAAAACUCUGCAGUGUAUGAUCAUCCUGUGCUAUUUCGCCAUCUUUGUGGAGGCGGUAUCAUUUGACAUCAUCUGCCGGCCUGGCACCGAGCUGGUCACCGGAUAUGGAGUCUUCAUCUGUACAUUCAGCAUUGCCUUCCUACUCCGGAGGCUGUUGCUACUCUACUUGUGCCUGGUGGCCAUCUAUGUCUUACUGUGUGUCCGCACUCUAUUCUGGAUCAUUCGUACACCCCUCAAACAGUACUCCUUCGAGAAGCGGGAGAGUCAGUUCAGUGACAUUCCCAACGUGAAGAAUGACUUCGCUUUCCUGUUGCACCUCAUUGACCAGUAUGACCCCCUGUAUUGUAAACACUUCUCCACCUUCCUGUCUGAGGCCAGUGAGAAGAAGCUCAAGCUGCUGAGCCUGAACAGCGAUUGGACGGCGGACAAGGUCAGGCAACAGCUCAUCCGGGGCAGCAAGGUGGAACUGCACCUCUUCAUGCUCACCGGCAUCCCCGAGGCGGUCUACGAUGUCACCGAGAUCCAGGCCCUCAAGAUGGAACUCUGCACCGACAUCAACAUCAGCACCAAGGUGACCCAGCUCGUUCACCUGGAAGAGCUCCGCAUUGUCAACUGCAUCGUCACCAUCAAACCCGCCGCCCUGUUCUUCCUGAGCAACCAGCUCCACCUGCUGUCCGUUACCUUCUCCGACCACGAGGAGGUGCCCGAGUGGAUCGGCAAACUGACCCGCCUCCGAGCCCUCUGCCUGAUCGGCAAUGUCAACGCCGGCGACAAGAGGAUGGAGCUGGAGUUCAUGAAGGAGCUCCGCUAUCUGAAAACCCUCCAUAUCAACAGCAACCUCAUGAAGGUGCCGUUCAACGUGCUGUACGUGGCGCCGCACUUGAUCGAGCUGUGCAUCCUCAACAACAAGAACAAACUGGAGAUGCUGCACAAUUUGGGCAGCAUGUUCAACCUGGCCCGCCUGGACCUGCAGAACUGCGACCUGGAGACCAUCCCGCACGGCAUCUUCGGCCUCUCCAACCUGCAGGAGCUGAACCUCCAGGGCAACGAGUUCACCACGAUCGAGGAGAUCGAAAGCCUGCAACGCCUGCGCAAGUUGUCCUCCCUCAACCUCAGCUUCAACAAAAUCAAAGCCAUUCCGGAUUCCUUCAAUUUCAUAAGUAGCCUCGAACGCUUCAGCGCGUCCAACAAUCAGAUUGCGACGUUGCCCAACAGUAUGUUCAGUAUUCCGAAGCUGCAACAUUUAGAUAUGAGUAAUAAUCGCCUGGUUGCCAUUCCUUCGUCCAUCAAGUAUCUCAAAAACCUCAAAUACCUCGACUUAAGCUCCAAUCGAUUGGAAACCUUGCCAGAUGAGCUCUUCCAGUGCAAAAAGCUCAAGACCCUGAAGCUGAAUAAUAACCUGCUCUUGUCCCUCAGUGGGAAGAUCCAGCAGUGUUCCCAACUUAUCAGACUGGAACUGAAAGGAAAUUCCCUCGACGAGCUCCCAGUGGAGAUAACCCAGUGUAGCAAGCUGAAACAGAGUGGUCUGAUAAUGGAUGAAUACUUGUUUGAGGCACUUCCCAUGCAAAUCAAAAUAGGCAUUAGUACUAAUCCUGAACCCAUAAGUGACAUCAGGCUAAUAAUCCCAAACAAGAUGUCACAUCCUGAAUUGGAGCACCUUGCAUAAAACAAAGAAUGUGACUAACCAAAUAUUCUUUUGCCCAUGGUAAUCCAAAGAAAA